AUGGAUUCGUCUUUAUUAGCAAAUAUUAUCAAGAAAGCAAAUGCUAAUGAAGAUUGUAGCAAGGAAAUCAAAACAGCUGCAAGUAAUCUCACAGAACUAUCACAACAAAAUGAAUUUUAUCAAUUACCUAUUCCAAUCAUUGCCAGAAUCAUGUCGAGGAAAUCUUCCAUUGGCGCAAACACAAUCACACGCAUAAUAAUGAAAAUAAAGGACUUUCAAGCCAAAGAUUUAAUGGAUGACGUCGAAGAAGCUCAAAAUCAAUUAAAAGCAACAAUGGUCAGAAAUACCGCAUUGCAAUUAGAAUUACGUCUAGCACUUGAAGAAAAUAAAAAUUUACACGAUCAACUUGAAAAACUUAAGUCAGACAAUUUAAUAUUGAAGAGUGAAAAUCAAAAUAAUGUCAGCUAUGAAUUAGACGAGACAGAGGUACUUCCUAUCGAAAAACCGAGCGAUUACGAGCCAAAUAUCUACAAAGCAUGUGAAAAAGGCCUUUUGUCAUCAGUCAAAUAUACAAUUACAAACGAAGACUUCGAUGUUAACACUCCAAAUGAGACAGGCGACAUUCCACUUACUAUUGCUGCUUUCAACGGUAAAGCAGACAUUGUCAAUUUUCUUUUACAUGUUGGGGCAGAUAUCGAAUACACGAAUGCCUUUGGAAACAACGCAUUGAUGGAAGCAUCCCAAGGCAACAGACCAGAUACUAUUAAAGAAUUGAUUGCUUUUGGAACUCCUUUAGAAGCAACUAACCCUAAAAACAAAAGAACAGCCUUAGACAUCGCAGCCGAUGCCGGCGCGAAGAACGCAAUCGAAGCACUUGUCCUUGCCGGUGCAGAAAUCGAAGCUAAAGGCAAAGACGGGCUCACACCUCUUUGCAUUGCCUGCAAAAACGGUAACAAACGCGUUACUCCAACAUUAAUCAACUGUGGAGCGGACAUAAAUGCCAGGUCACCAGAUGGCCAGACUCCUUUGAUACUCGCAAGUGCGGCAGGAGCAUUAACAAUUGUCAAAAAUUUGGUUGACAAGGGAAGUAACAUUUCUGAUGUAACGGAUUCCGGUGACACCCCCUUAUUAAUGGCUUGUUCAAAUGGCGCUGAUAAUGUUGUCACUUUUCUCCUUGAAAAAGGUGCCAGCAUUGAAGUUCGGAACAAAGAUCGAAAAGGUCCAAUGUAUUUAGCAACACAGUCAGGAAGUGAAGACACUGUUUCCAUUCUUUUACAAUAUGGAUGCGAUGUAAAUGAACGCGGAAAAGAUAACGCAACUCCUUUGUAUGUUGCUGCUCAAAAUGAUUACAUUGAGAUUGUGAAAUUACUUCUUUCUAAAGGUGCUGAUGUAAACUUAAUGACUCGUUAUGGAGAUACUCCUUUGAUCGAAGCUUGUGGAACAGGAUCUCUCGAAUUAGUUAAUUUACUUAUAGAAAACGGUGCUGAUUUGGAACACGCAAAUAAUGGAGGUGAAACAGCUCUGACUGCUGCUUGCUCUGAAGGAAGAGCAGAAAUUGUGGCAGCGCUCAUUGCAAAAGGAGCUAAAACUGAGAAUAAAACAAAAUAUGGAAAUACACCUUUGCUGGAAGCUGUGUCAGAAGGAAAUGUAGAAAUAUGCCAGGCACUUUUGAAUGGAGGAGCGGAUAUAAACGCUCUGAAUAACAUGUCUAUGAAUGCUCUGCAUAUAGCUGUGUCAAAUAGUGAUGUGGAAGUGAUCAAACUGUUAGUUGAGAAAGGAAUAAAUAAGAAACAAGUGGAUGAUGACGGAAAAACUCCACUAGAUUUAGCCAGUGAAGACGAAAUUAGGGAAUUGAUUAAGUAA